AUGCCCCGGGACAACAUGGCCUCCCUGAUCCAGCGGGUGGCGCGGCAAGCGCGCAUCACCUUCCGCAGCCCGGCGGGGCCGGCCUUCGGGGAGAACCUGCACCGACUACAGCAGCUGCUGGACGAGGUGCGCGCCGAGGACUUGCACUUGGCGCCGCGGGGCCCGGCGGCGGCGGCGGCAGGGGGGGGGAUCCCGUGGGGUGGCGUGGUGCCGCCUGUCAGCUACAUGCACAUCUGCGAAACGGAGAGCUUCAGCAUGGGCGUGUUCCUGCUGCGGAGCGGUGCCUGCAUCCCACUGCACGACCACCCGGGCAUGAACGGCAUGCUGAAGGUGCUCUACGGCACGCUGCGCAUCGCCUGCAUGGACACGCUGCCCCCUGGGGCCGCCACUGCCGCCCCGCCGCCCGCUGCCGGCGGCGGGCCGUGCCACCGCGCCCUGUACCGUUCUCGUCAGCACUACACGCCGGCCUCCCCGCCCUGCCUGCUGUCGCCGCACACCGACAACCUCCACCAGAUCGACGCCGUGGACGGACCCGCCGCCUUCCUCGACAUCCUGGCACCGCCCUACGACCCCCAGCACGGCCGGGACUGCCACUACUACCGUCUGCUGGAGGGGCCGCCGGCAGCGGGUGCUGAGCCGCCCGCGCUGCCGCGGGAGGUGUGGCUGAUGGAGACUCCGCAGGCCGCCGACUUCUGGUGUGGGGGUGAGCCCUACCCCGGGCCCCGCGUCUGCCUCUGA